AGGAUUGUUUUGCGGCGGUUCUCGGGGGUAGAUCUGGUGACAAGUGAAGAGGGCCAUGGAGCCUCCAAGGGGCUUUUGGCUUUCUUUGGGGCGCUUUAUCUGUUUCUUGCCCUACUUCGUUGGCCUUCUUAUUCUUGGCUUAAUUAAAGGCAUCAUCUUCUGUCCACUGAUAUGCCUUAUCAUGACAAUUGGAAACUCUGCAAUAAUUUUGGGUCUCUGGCCCGUACACGUUGUCUGGACAAAUUAUUCCAUCUUAAGAUCUAUCAAGUUCAGGCCAGUCUUAAAGCUGUUGCUUUGCUUCCUCGCUACCGUCCUGUUGCUUUUGUGGCCAGUCAUUGGCAUUGUUGGAAGUAUUAUUGGCGGUGCCGCAUAUGGCCUUCUUUCACCCAUGUUUGCCACUUUCAAAGCUGUUGGGGAGGGGACGACUGAUAAGUUUUUCCAUUGUAUUUAUGAUGGAACUUGGGACACUGUGAGACAGAGCUUUACUUUGAUCCGGGAUUUUUACGAUGUAUGUUACCAUUCUUACAAAGAAGUUAUGAGUGACCUACAGCAUCAGGGGCCUCAAGAGGGAAAAUGUCACAAGAUCAGAUUGCUCCAUCUUCCUGGUGCUAUUCUAGCUGGAAUUCUUGGUUUCUUGGUAGACGUGCCAGUGAUCUCACUUGUAGCCAUUUGCAAGAGCCCUAUCAUGCUAAUAAAGGGGUGGCAUCGUCUGUUUCAUGACUGUAUUGGUAGGGAAGGCCCGUUCUUGGAGACCAUUUGUGUACCAUUUGCAGGUCUAGCCAUCCUACUGUGGCCCUUGGCCGUUGCUGGCGCUGUAUUAGCUUCCAUGGUGUCGAGUAUCUUCUUAGGAGCUUAUGCAGGGGCGGUUGUCUAUCAGGAGUCUUCUCUGUGGAACGGGCUUUGCUAUAUUGUUGCCUCCUUGUCCAUUUACGAUGAGUACAGCAAUGAUGUUCUUGAUCUACAAGGGGGGCCCUGCUUUCCUAGGCCAAGGUACCGAAGGAAAGAUGCAGAGCCUGAACCCGAUUCUCGUGCAUCUUCUUUCUCAAGGCCUGCUUCUUUCCGGAGGUCCGUCUCUCGUACACCAUCGAUUAAAGCUCCUAUGGUCGACUUGAAGCCAUUUGAGUUACUUGACAGCUUAUUUGAAGAGUGUAAACGACAUGGAGAAAUGAUGGUUUUUGAAGGACUAAUAACAGUAGAGGAUAUUGUAAAUGCCAAGUCUAACAAGGAUAGCGGCAAAGUCAUAAGCAUUGGAUUGCCGGCUUACUGCCUCCUUCAGGCAUUGCUACGAUCUAUAAAAGCCAAUUCUGCCGGUAUACUGUUAAGUAAUAAUGUUACUGAGAUAACUAGCGCUAACAGACCCAAAGAUGUCAUCUUUGAUUGGUUUUUCAAUCCGCUCCUGAUCAUCAAAGACCAGAUCAAAGCUCAGAACCUAUCUGAGGCUGAAGAAGACUACUUCUGCAAACUAGUUCUACUCAGUGGUGAUCCUGAGAGGCUCAAGAAAUUGAAUAUUGGCUCUGCACCUGAAUCUGAGCUCAGGCAAGCCGAGCUUCAUGCGCUUGCUCGAAGGCUUCGAGGAAUCACCAAAUCCAUAUCUAGGUACCCAACAUUCAGACGACGUUUCGAAGACAGCAUUAAGAUCAUAUCAGAAGAACUCGCAAAGAAAAAUGAGGCCAGCAAAUCGGCCCCUGAGAGGCAGGUUUUUACGAGGUCUAGGAGUGCCUUUGCCCGGAUGUUUAGUCAAAGAUCUUUCAAGAACAGAACAGACAGCAAUGGGCCUCCAGUAGUGACUGAAAGAGAGCUAGAAAUUGCCUGAUGUUAAGAUAAGACACAGCUCCCCAAUUCUUGCGACCUGUAUUCCAAUCCCAGUUUUCUGUUUCUUUUUAUCACUUUCACUUGUUAACUGUUUAACAUUUUUUGUACUCAUUCAAGGGUAGGAAACACACUCCCAAUCAUAGGAAACUUCUUCAGCA